AGUUACACAGGCAUCGAGUGCAAAACGUCGUCGCUAAAACGCAAAGUGGUCAAGUACUUCGUUUGGCGAAAUGUUAAAAAUCAAUAUGAGCGCAACGUUUUCGUAGAAAAGCAAUCAAUUCGUGCAAUUAAACGCGAAAAGAAAAAUAUAAAAUGUUUAUAAAAUUAUAAGCGAAUGCGACUAAUGCGAACGCGUAUGUAUUUAUGUUGGCAACGAUUAGGCUAAAUAGCGAAGCACCAGUCCGUUCUGGUGGCACCAAAGUCAGCUGAAAACGUAAGCCGCAGCAGCAGCAGCAGAAAAGCAGCAAAAACGGCGGCAGCGGAGGUGGCAUGAAAAAAGUGCAAAAAUCUAGCUGAGUUUGUGAAAAAUAAACGGUAACGUGUUAAGCGUACGGGUAACGGUAUUUUUUCCUCAUUUCUAUACUAUACAGCCGAGCGUAUGUCAUUAACGGUAGAACGCGACGGUGGCGAUAGUGCGUGAGUGUGAAAGUCAAGCGAGCGAAAAGAAAAAAAAAUAACCGAAUAAUAAUGUAUGCCACAAUGCGAAAGUGGCACGAAAAAGUUUUGCGCUGCAGCAACUAAUAACGAUAAAAAUAUACAAAUUAUUACGCUACUUCGAUUUUCACUUUCAUUUGUAGCGGUAAGCAGCAAGCGAGCCUUCGAUUUUUGUACUACUACUUACGAGCUGAGCCCUAAGCGCUUCGGCCGCCGAGCGGCGCACCACCUUGGCGCUUGCAAUAUAUAAACAAAGAAUCAAAAAAUAAUAACAAUAAUAAACCAAAAACAACAACACGCACAAGUUAAAGACCGUCCUUCUAACUGCACCAGCAUUUCCGCUAACCAACGCGUCGCCCAAACGCUCAACGCGCGCUGCCCUACCCGAUUGCCACUGCCGCUGGACGACGCGCCAUUAUUGUCGCGUUAUGCCGUGCAGUUAAUAAUCGGCACAUUCCCGCUACCCACUAAGCUGCGCGCGUGCACUCUCUUUACGACGCCUCUCUUACCCUGACUAGUGGACUAUUCAUGCUACUACUGCUGUUACAGUUAAUCGACAAGUCACUGUAAUUAUAGUAAUUUGCUUUUUUGUUAACGCGCAACUUGUUGUUGUUAUACAAGUUUAUUUUUUAGUGUAUGUGCAUGUGUAUGCGCGCGCGCGCGUGUACGUGUGUGUCUGUUUGCGCUUACGAUUUAUACACACGCAGCGCUCACUCUGCGCUUGGUGUUAUUCGCGCCGCGUUACGGUUUUGUUGUUGUGUCAGCUUGUUUUUCCUUGUCGGUGGCGGCGUUAAUGUUAAAAACCAAUAAGUGGAAGCUAUGGCCUCUUCGUUGUUGGCCCUCAGUGAUUUAAUACGAUUCCAAUUGGAGCGCAUCAAACUAGAUGAAUUCACCUAUAAGGAUGAGUUGCAUCUGCUGCGCCAAUUGUUGGCGCUCGACAUGCCACAACCGAUGCACGCGCUACAUUCGAAUGGCAGUAGUCAGGAGCAUAACCAGCCACAGCAAGCAGGCGCGCCGCCACCAGCAUGCACACCGACAACACAUGCGCAAGUGCAAACACAAUUGCCGGCGCAUACGCAGACGCAAACACCUUUGCGGCUGCAGGCGCCACAGCAGCAUCAACAUCAGCAGCUGUCAGUGCCGUCGCCACAACAACAGUACAUACAUGCAUUGGGACCAUUGCCGCCGCCACCAUCAUCGUCGCCCGCGUCGCAAUACAAACCAAAAUCAUUGCCGCAAAAUCACUAUCCACCGCCGCCAACACAAAGUCAGAGUCAAUGUCAGCUCAGCACCGCAGCGUACGGUCAGCCGUGUAACAAUAGCCAGCAGCAACAAAAUGCGAGUCAUCACAGUCACGGUCACAGUCAGAGCCAACAGAAUCUCUAUCCACCCAGCUAUAGUCCGGUGCAACAAAAUCAACUCAAUUACACGCAGAGUCAGAAGCAGCGACAAAAACAACGACGCUUUCAGCAGCAAAACUCCAAGCGCUCACAACAACAGCCGCAACAACAACAACAGGCGCAGAAUCGCAGCAAACUGCAUGUUGGCGCGCCGUCAGAUAGCGAUGGCACAGCCACGGCGGAUGAAUCGAACAAUGCCGCUGGCGCCAACAAUCAUCAUCAGCAGCAGCAGCAGCAAACGCCGUCACCAGGUGGUGGUGGCAUCUAUGUUGGCGCCGCCUGCAAUGGCGGUCUUGGCGCGCUUGGCAGCAGCGGUGAGCUGGCGGAUGAGGAGCAGGUGGGCGCGGUUGGUGGCGGCGCGGCAAAUGGUGGCAUUGGCGGCAGCGAGGAUGGCUCCAGUGCCAGCGCCAGCAGCAAUGCUGACCUACACAAGGAUUUCAAAGUCCAAGUACUCGAGUGGUUUCAACAGUUGUACGUCCAAACGGAAUCGUUCAGAUCGGACGAGGAGUCACAACGUGUCCGUGAGGCGGGCAAUAAUUGCUAUCGCAAGGAACAUCAUCCACUCAAGGCAUGCGAUCUAUAUACAGAGGCUAUAUUUUUAGCGCCCGUCGAAGAGGAUGCAGACAAUACGACAGCGGCAAUGGCGCAUGCGAAUCGUUCGACUGUGUUGCAUGAUUACGGCAUGUAUGAGGAAGCCUACGACGAUUGCCUGUGCGCGCUGGAACUCGGCUAUCCCGAAGAGUAUAACGCGUUGAUCAAACUACGCCAAGCCGCUUGUGCCUUAAAGUUGCGUAACUUUGCGCUCUGCGAACUGCAUGUGCACGAGCUGCUGCACAUGGAUCUCUCCGAGGCGUUUGAGGCGCGCACACACGAACUUUGGCACGAAUGCGAGGUGCUGAAAUCGGAAAAGGUCGAUAUGGGCGUGCAAACAGAUGACGAUCAUUAUGUGGCAGCGGCCGCAAUGGCACCACAACACAUACUGCACGGGAGCAACAGCAAUCGGCUGAAGGUCUACGAAGUCGCCUGGUCGGACACGUCGAACGCGAUUACAACGACACGUCGCGCCUACUUGCGCGCCACCACAGACAUUGUGCGCCACAUGCCGAUCUUCAGCGAGGAAGCCGCCAUCUUUGUGUCCAGCGGACAGGCGCGCAUUUGCGACAAUUGCGCCAUCACACAAUUCAUACCAUUUCCAUGCGACUACUGUUCGAAUCGCACAUCCGUUUAUUGUUCGCGUAAAUGUCGCGCUCAACACUCAUCCAUACACGUGCUCGAAUGCUUCGCCCACCAGAUUGAGCUGUUCGAAGAAUUCGGCGACGCGUUCGCCAAACCGCGCCUACUGCAGCUCGCCUUUCGCAUGCUCAUCACCGGCUUGCCGCAGGUGAUGCCGCAUUGUCGCAAACGACCGACGGUCAACAAAAUGUGGAACGCCUUCAAUGGCAUACUCACCGAACGCACGGACAUACCAUAUUCGGCGCUGUUGCGCCUCGAAGCGCACCUCGAUAAAAUCGACACCGAGACAACUGUUUCACUCGCCAUUGCCGCACACAUACUAGCCAUCUAUUUGGCUGAAUGCACGGACUUUUUCGAGCACCUCGAUCUCAUGAUGCCCGCCACAACGAAAUUGACGCGCAGCGAAUGGAUCCUACUCUCGGCCGCGCUGCUAUUGCGUCACAUCGGCCAACUGAGGCACAAACAUCUCACGCACUGCCCGUCCUUUGUGUUGCCCGCAGAUCCGCACAUACUGUCGCCGCUGCACGAAUUCAGCCUAUGGUCGGCGGUAAAACACAUACGGCAGGGACAAUUGCAUUUGUUGGCCGGCGAUGUGGCAUGCGUCGCUUACGCCGUCUAUCCGCAAACGUUGAGCCUGUGUCGGCAAUCGUGCGCCGGUCAAGUGUAUCGUAAACACUCCGGGCGUCAGGUGACCGCUUAUGCUACAUGUGACAUCUUGUUGGGCGCUUGCAUUGGUAACUGUUUCGUUUACGCUGGUGAUUAUCGACAAUCGUUGUACGAGACACGGAGGCAAAACCUCAAGGCGCGCGGCAUUGACUGCAAGUGCGAAAAGUGUUUUCGUCCAUAUCCGGAUGAGGAUUUUGUAAGUGUGCAACUUAAGCGUUGUUGAUUAUACAAUAUUAUGACACUCGCUUGACAACAACAACAAAUGCACAUAAUUCAUAUAUCAACUUACACAUGUGAACACAUAUACACAUACACAUACCACAUUCUAGUUCCUAUAUAUUAUACUACUUUUUUAAUUGCUGUUGUUGUUGUUGUUCUUAAAUGUUUACGUUCUUCAGCCAAAGUAGUGGCCUAAGUGUGUAUAGUCUCUACAUACAUCCAUUCAUACUAGCAUACAUGUAUGUGUAAAUAUGUAUGUGAUGCGUUGUUGUUGUUUUUUGUUUGGUUGUUUGUGCGUAUGCAAUAGUAGCGAUUAUAGUUAAUUCCACUUUCCAUUGGCUCAAUGUGGGUGUGUUUGCUCUUGAUGUUGUUAUUGAAUUCUUUCUUCUUCGUGUUUUCAUUCGUUUUGUUUUGUUGUUUGUGUUUAGUACUCGGUGGGUCUGUGCAUUUGUUUGCCUAGUCUUCUACUAUAUACUAUAUAUCUAUAUAUGUGUAUAUAUGUAUGUAUGUGUGUGUAUGUUUGCCUAGUUUCUUCCGUGUUUUUGGAUUUUUCCAUAUAUAUAUACAUACUUAUAUAUAGUCAUUUAUGCAGACAUGUGUGCUCGUGUUCAUUAGAUAUUUCAAUGUUUACAUAGUUUUAGGCGCUUAACGGCAUUCAAGCCUCUAUUGUAUAUGUUUUUGUAAAUUAUAUAUAUUUUUACACUUAUUUGUGGAUUUUAUUGUGUGGCCUAUGUUUUUCGCAAAUAUUUAAAAAAUAUAAAAAUAUAUAAAUAACAUUU